AUGGCUCGAAUUGAUGUUGAAAAAGUCAUCGAGGAGCUCACCCUCGGCGAGAAGGUGGCCCUCACAGCUGGUCGUGACUUCUGGCACACAGAAUCAGUUCCACGCCUAAACAUCCCUGCGCUACGUAUGUCCGACGGCCCAAAUGGUGUCCGUGGCACUCGCUUCUUCAACGGUAUCCCAGCAGCAUGCCUCCCCUGCGCAACAGCGCUCGGUGCAACCUGGGAUACCGAGCUGCUAUCGGAGGUCGGUGCAUUGAUGGGCGAAGAAGCGAUCGCAAAAGGCACACACGUCGUGCUAGGCCCAACGAUCAACACCCAGCGAUCGCCGCUAGGCGGGCGCGGCUUCGAGUCCUUUUCGGAGGAUGGUGUGCUCUCCGGUACGCUAGCCGGCUACUUCUGCAAGGCAAUGCAGGAGAAGGGGGUUGCUGCCACGCUUAAGCACUUUGUCUGCAAUGACCAAGAGCAUGAGCGACUGGCUGUCAGCAGUAUUCUUACUAACCGAGCGCUGCGUGAGAUCUAUCUGAUGCCGUUCCAGUUGGCUAUGCGGAUAUGUCGCUCGCAGUGUAUUAUGACCGCUUAUAAUAAGGUUAAUGGGACACAUGUUAGUGAGAACAAGGCUAUUAUUGAUGAUAUCUUGCGCAAGGAGUGGGGAUGGGAGGGUGUCGUUAUGAGUGACUGGUUUGGUACCUACAGUACCUCUGAUGCCAUUGUCGCUGGUCUCGACAUCGAGAUGCCCGGUAAGACCCGCUGGCGUGGCGAGGCUCUUGCGCACGCCGUCUCUUCAAACAAGGUGGCCCAAUACCAACUCGAUGAACGAGUGCGCAAUAUCCUCAAUCUGGUGAACUGGGUUGAACCCCUUGGAAUUCCCGAAGGAGCACCUGAGAAGGCCCUCAACCGGCCGGAAGACCAGGCUCUGAUGCGUCGCGCUGCUGCCGAGUCUGUCGUGCUUAUGAAGAAUGAGGGUGAUAUUCUUCCCCUUAAGAAAGAUGGAUCUCUCCUGGUCAUUGGUCCCAACGCUAAGAUCGCUGCAUACUGUGGUGGUGGUUCAGCCUCUCUGGCUCCUUACUACACUGUCACUCCGUUCGACGGUGUCUCUGCCAAGAGCAAGGGAGAGGUCAAGUACAGCCAGGGCGUGUACUCUCACAAGGAUCUACCGCUUCUGGGUCCACUGCUGAAGACUGCAGACGGCAAACCUGGCUUCACAUUCAAGGUCUAUAAUGAACACCCCAACUCUGGCGAGAACCGACAGGCCGUGGACGAGUUGCAUCUACUCGAAUCUUCCGGCUUCCUGAUGGACUACGUCAACCCUAAGGAGAGCGGGGUCUACAACUUCGGCGUGACAGUCGUCGGUACAGGCCAACUCCUCAUCGACGGCGAAGUUGUCGUCGACAACACCAAGAACCAGAAGCAAGGCUCGGCCUUCUUUGGCACAGCUACCAUCGAAGAGAUCGGCACCAAAGAGCUCAAGGCCGGCCAAACAUACAAGGUUCUCUUCCAGUUCGGCAGCGCACCAACCUCAGACCUAGACACACGCGGAAUUGUCGCCUUCGGUCCAGGCGGCUUCCGUUUCGGCGCCAGCCGACAAGUGAGCCAAGAAGAACUGAUCGCCAACGCAGUUGAGCAAGCCAAAACCGCCGAGCAAGUCGUCAUCUUUGCCGGUCUCACCCUGGAAUGGGAGACCGAAGGCCACGACCGCGAACAUAUGGACCUACCCCCUGGCAGCGAUGAGCUGAUCAGCCGUGUGCUGGAGGUGAACCCGAACGCAGUUGUCGUGAUCCAGUCGGGCACACCGGUCACAAUGCGGUGGGCAGACAACGCCAAAGCCCUCGUGCAAGCCUGGUUCGGUGGUAACGAGUGCGGCAACGGUAUCGCGGACGUCCUCUACGGCGACGUGAACCCCUCCGCCAAGCUACCAAUCACCUUCCCCCGCCGCCUGCAGGAUAACCCCUCCUACCUGAACUUCCGGUCUGAGCGCGGCCGUGUCCUCUAUGGCGAGGAUAUCUACGUUGGGUACCGGUACUUCGAGAAGAGCGAUGUUGCGCCGGGCUUCGCUUUCGGGCAUGGUCUGUCGUACACGAGUUUCUCCCGCUCGGAUCUACGCAUCGACACUGUUCCUGAACAAACCAAGUACACUGAGUCCGGUGAGCCUGUCACUGCGUCGGUGACUGUCUGUAAUACGGGUUCUGUGGCUGGCGCCGAGAUCGUGCAGCUCUGGAUCGUGCCCCCGAAGACUGAUGUUGGCCGUCCUGUGCGCGAGCUUAAGGCUUUCCAGAAGGUCUUCCUGCAGCCUGGUGAGACUAAGACUGUGCAGUUGGUUGUUGAGAAGAAGUUGGCUACCAGCUGGUGGGAUGAGGAGCGGGAGCAGUGGAUCUCUGAGAAGGGGACGUACCAGGUUCUCAUUACGGGUACGGGGGCUGAGGAGCUGCAUGGCGAAUUUGAGGUUGGCAAGACGAGGUUCUGGCUUGGUCUGUAG